AUGACAGAAGAAAUUAUAAGUCAAUAUAUUCCUAAAUAUAAUAAUGGAACUGCUAUUUUAAAAGAUUUACUUCGAGAUGGUCUUGAGUAAGCAUUCAUUAGGAAAUUCAAAAAUAAAGAUGAUUCAAUAUAUAUUUCCGAAUUUAAAUUGAGACAUAAUUUAGAAAAAAGAGAUAAAGAUAAUGAUCAUCUUAUAGAAUAAAAAAAAAAAUCAAACUUAAUAAUCAAAAAGAUAUGA